CUAUGGUUCAAAUAAGGUGCAAGCAGUCAACAUCCUUCUUGAUUUUUACACUGAAGCAUCAAUGCAAGACGAUUUCACAAAUUCAUCAAGUUCAUGCUCAAUCCAUUACCAAUGGCUUCCUCUUUUCUUUCAGUUCCACUUUUAUCCUCACUCAAAUCCUUCAUUCCUUCACUUCCAUUCUCUCUUCUCUUCCAACACAACCCACCACUCGCUAUCCAUCCACCAUUUUCAAUCUUAUUCACAACCCAUCAACUUUCUGUUACAACACCAUCAUUCGAGCACACACCCUUCUCUCUUCUCCUAAUACUUCCUUCUUUUACUUCAUCAAAAUGCGGAGAAAUUCAGUUCCGCCAGAUUCCCACACUUUCCCUUUUGUUCUUAAAGCUUGUGGUUUACUGAAUUCUCCGUUUCUGGGCAGGACCCUUCAUUCACAAGCGUUGAAGUUUGGUUUUUUAGUUGAUGUGUUUGUAUGUAACAAUCUUGUUCGUGUGUAUACUGUUAGUGGUAGUAUUAGUGAUGCACGUAGAGUGUUUGAUGAAAGUUGUGACAGAGAUGUUGUUUCUUAUAAUUUAAUUAUUGAUGGGUAUGUUAAGGCUGGUGAGAUUGGGGAAGCCAGGGAAGUGUUUGAUGAAAUGCCUGUGAGAGAUGCAGUUUCUUGGGGAACACUUAUGGCUGGAUAUGCGAAAAUGAACCAGUGUAAAGAUGCCAUUGAGCUAUUUGAUCAAAUGGUUACGUUGAAUGUGAAAUUUGAUAACGUUACGUUGGUUUCUGCUCUCUCAGUUUGUGCACAACUGGGGGAACUCGAGAAGGGGAAGAUGAUACAUGAUUAUAUUAAAAGGAAGGGGAUUGCGAUAGAUUCGUACUUGUGUACUGGCUUGGUAGAUCUAUAUGCCAAAUGUGGUUGCAUUGACAUUGCUAGAGAGUUAUUUGAGAUGAGCAAGGACAAAAAAGUGUUUAGUUGGAACGCUAUGCUAGUUGGAUUAGCGAUGCAUGGCCAUGGCCAAUUACUAUUUGAUUACUUCUCAAGAAUGGUGGAGACUGGUGUUGAGCCUGAUGGGGUGACUUUUUUGGCGUUGUUGGUGGGGUGUAACCAUGGGGGUCUUAUUCAUGAAGCUAGAAGGUUCUUUGGAGAAAUGGAAGGGGUUUAUGGUGUUCCUCGAGAACUAAAACAUUAUGGAUGCAUGGCGGAUCUGCUGGCACGUGCAGGGUUGCUUAAAGAAGCUAUGGAGAUGAUAGAGGCAAUGCCAAUGGCUGGUGAUGUGUUUGUCUGGGGUGGUUUGCUUGGUGGGUGUAGGACACAUGGGCACGUCGAGCUAGCAGUGAAAGCUGCUGAAAAUGUAAUGGAGGUGAAACCUGAAGAUGGUGGUGUUUAUUCAAUCUUGGCAAAUGUCUUUGCAGAUGCUGGCCGUUGGGAUGACUUGGUCGAUAUAAGGAGAAAAAGAGACCGCGUAAAGAUCAAGAAGAGUGCUGGUUGUAGUUUGAUUCAAUUGAAUGGAGUGGCACAUGAGUUUAUUUCAUGGGAUGACUUGCACCCUCAAAACGACGAGAUAUACUCUAUCUUAAAUUGUCUGCAACUCAAUUUGAAGCAAUAUUACUAA